UCACUAAUAGUGGCUCCCGAUGUUCCCGCGAUGCCAUUACCACCUCCCCCAAUGAGAACUUUGGAUGAAAUGAUUGAGGCAGGUGAAUCAGUUCUGGGAGAGUUGGGACUGCUAUCGUGGUGGAAACCAUCCAGCUAUUUUCGAAUGGCUUUGGAAGCAAUACACAUGCAUGCGGAUCUUCCAUGGUGGACAACAAUUGUUUGUGCCACCGUUGCUCUGCGUCUUUCGCUAAUUAUCGUACCCAUAAUGUCUCAACGAUUAGUAGCGAAGCAAAGUAAGUACAAAAAAGAAUUGGAGGAUUUCCGUCAAAGGAUACAAGCUGCUCGUCAGGAGGGGAACAAUUUAUUGCAGCAACAAAUUUUCUUGGAACAGCGUGACUUUUUGAAAUCAAAGGACAUUCGACUAGGGCGACAGUUCCUUAUUUUAAUGGCAAAUGGGGCUGUCUUUGCUACACAGUUCUUCGCAAUUAGGAAAAUGGUUGAUGUCAACUAUCCCGGUCUUUCCACUGGUGGCACGGCAUGGUUUACGGAUUUAACUGUAUCAGAUCCGUACUAUGCACUGCCAUUGAUCAGUGCAUUGACAAUGGGCAUAGUAACCCGGGUUGGUAUUGAAAUGGGUACGUCUUCUGAUCAAAUGACACCGAUGAUGCGACUUGGAAUGCAAUACGCACUACCAGUGGUAAUUUUCGCUGUCAGUUCACAGUUCGCCUCGGGCCUUUGCGUAUACUGGUGUGCAUCUAACAUGAUGUCUCUGUUAUACGCGGGUGCAUUCCGAACGCCAGCAAUACGAAAAUUGUUGAACAUCCCGCCCUUAGUAAAAGAUCCUUCUCCACCAAAGAAGAAAAGCCUAUUCAAAGAGGCCAUGGCAGGCUACAAAGCAAACAAGACGAUCCCACCGACUCUGGCACAAUUGAAGGAACAAGACGCUCAACAAUUCAAAAAAGCUGGUAGAGGAAAGCCAGUUGUGAAAAAUUGA